GACCAAUCAGCUGCGGUAAUUUCUAACCAAUCAGCUACAGGCAGCAGCAUUCAAAACCAAGCCGACAUUGCAAGCUGACUUUCCUCGGCUUUCCGCUUUGUAUUUCCUGUAGCUGUUGAGUUCUGCGUUAUUGGAAAGACUUGCAGAAAUCAUCCCUCCACAAGAGCGUAAUUUGUUCCACUCAGUAUCAGUACAGGAUCAGGAUGUCUGAAGCACCGCGGUCUCCGCUGAUCACCCUGAAUGCAGGUGAGGGACAGCUCCCCAAAGCUGUAGCUGCCGUCAAGCCUCAGCCGCAGACACCUGCAGGGAAGAGUCGGCUUCCACAGCCUCAGACCAGACUGCCCAUGCCGUCCACACAGCUCCCCAUGCCCAACAGCAGAUAUGGGGCCACAAAGCGAAAACAGGAUUUUACCCCAGAUGUUCAAAAUGUCGUUGGCAUAAAGAAGAGGAAGGCAGAUACAGUGAGGGGUGCUCCACCGCCCAAGAUGCCGAACAUCAGGAAAACAACAGCAGCUGGUACUCGCCCAGGGACAAGAGCUGCUGUGGCAGCGAAGCCCCCGGUUGGCCGACCUUCAGCUGCAUCUCGCGCUGGUGCUACCAGAGGCGCUGCAGCUGCCAAGACAGGUGCCAGAAAUGUUACCGCACGUGGCGCUGGCACUAAACCUGCACCGAAGGCUGGUGGCAUGACACGUUCCAACUCAGGGUCUACCAUCCCCAAAGGUGCUGCCGCCAAGAAGCGCCCUGCCUGGGAUCUGAAGGGUCGCAUUGAAGACAUGGAGAAGGUCAUGCAGUGUAUGCAGUCUGAGAAGGAGGCCAUAACCCAACAAAAGGAGGAGAUAACCCAGCGUUCUGACCACAUCCAGCAGGACCUCCAAACCCUACAGCACGAGAACAGCACGCUACAGCAGCGUGUGCGGGAGGGUGACACGACAGUGAGGGACCUCCAGAAAAAGAACCAAAAUCUGGAGGAGGAUGUGGAAAGAUUGAGCCGCCAAAAGAAGUCCUUAGAGCGGGAGCGGGACGACCUUGAGUCUGACCUGAAGACAUCACGGAGCGAGUGCCAAGGUCUGAAGGGGACCAUUGCCCAGCAGGCAGCAGCUCAGGAGGGAAUCAAGGCUGAGCUGCAGUUGUCUAAGUCCCAGCUCGAGACAACCAAUGUUGCAUUGCAAGCGGAAAAGACGACGGUAGAAGGCUUGAAAAAUGAACUAGCAGAGGCCCUCCAGAAGAUUGCCGACCAAGAUGUCCAACUUCAGCAGGCAGAAACAGACAGGAGGGUUCUGCACAAUACGAUUCAAGAGUUAAAGGGUAACAUCAGAGUGUUUGCCAGGCUGAGGCCAAUGCUACCAACUGAGGGGGCCAACAGUGACGGGAUUGACGACAUCCCACACUUUGCCUGGUACGAUGGCAACGUUUUGGAGCUGGACAAGGCAAUGGAUGGGGAUCCUAAUGAGACCAUGAGCGGACUAAAGCGCACGACAAGCCAGAAGGUCGAGUUCAACUUUGACCGCGUCUUUGCACCAAGUAGCUCCCAGGCUGAGGUAUUUGAGGAGAUUGCCCAAUUGGUGCAGAGUGCCCUUGAUGGGUACAAUGUCUGCAUUUUUGCCUAUGGCCAGACUGGCAGUGGGAAAACCCAUACCAUGGAGGGUGACAUGGAGGGAACCCCUGAGCACCGAGGAAUGAUCCCACGGGCUGUGGAGCAAAUCUUUUGCACGGCAGAGAAGCUGAAGACAAAGGGCUGGGAGUACAAGAUAACAGCAAGCUUUCUGGAGAUUUACAACGAAAGUCUCCGUGAUCUCCUGGACAGCAAGCAAGACAAGAAAAUGGACAUCAAACUCAAGGAUGGGCGUAGCAGCAAGGACAACAAGACCAACGACGUCUAUGUCUCCAACCAGGUGGUUGUUGAUGUCAACAGUGAGGCUGAGGUCUAUCCCCUUCUGAAGAAAGCCAACAAACACCGUGCUGUUGCAGCGACCAAGUGUAACGACAGGUCAUCACGGUCACACAGUGUUUUCCAGCUCACGAUCAAGGGCGAGAAUCAUCUGACCUCAGAGUCCUGCUCCGGUGUGUUGAACCUGAUCGACCUUGCUGGGAGUGAGCAGGUGAAGAAGUCUGGAUCUCAGGGGAAACAGCUGCAAGAAGCACAGAACAUCAACAAGUCUCUAUCCAACCUGUCUUUAGUCAUCACAGCACUCAGUAACAAGGAUUCCUACAUCCCCUACCGCAACUCUAAACUCACCCACCUCCUGCAGAACUCCCUGGGUGGCAACUCCAAGACGCUGAUGUUUGUCAAUGUAUCACCUCAAGAAGAACAUUUGGGAGAAAGCAUAAACUCCCUGCGGUUUGCGACUACGGUGAACCAGUGCAACAUCGGUACUGCACAGAAGAAAGUGAAGUAGACAUCACCUCUUGGCAUGUCAGCUCUGCAAGAAUGACAUUUUAUUAGAAUGGAUUUGCUUUGUUUUUUGUAACAAAAAUAGUUGUAGGAUGUUGGGACCUUCUUUGUAAUUACAUGUAUACUGUAGAGAAGAAGUACAAAUAAGGAAAUGUAAUUAAAUAUUGGAAUACAGAUUCACCUUUUAUCACAUUCAAUAAGGAAUUUAAGUUAAGAUUGGAAUUGCAGUCUGUUUUUGAAAUAAUAUACAAAGGUGUGAUCAGAUACAUUGCUCAUGUAAAUAUGAUAGUCUAAAAGUUCCUAGAUGUAUUUAGCCAUAUGAUCAUUUAAAAAUUUAACACAUGUAUUUACUCAUUACUAUUUAGAUCCUCAUUUUAGAUGAAGUUUGAAACAGAUUCAAUUUCAGAUUUACCUUCUCUGAUUUUAAGUAUGACAUCAAGGAGUAGGCCAACAUUUUUGUACAAUAUUAGGAGUCAGUUCUUUUAUACAGGCAUUACAUGUACAGUUACUAAUAAUCUUGUGUAUGUUUUAGGCCGUCAAAAUUGUCUUCCUGACUUACUUCUCUCCUCUAGUCUUUAUACCUCAAUAACUCUGUGUAUCGUCAGUUUUCCCUGUCGUUAGAGAGCAAGGUGUUCUUGCACUAUGGGUGUUCAGGUUUGAUGGCAGAUCAUCUGCUUUUGACCUGUAGCUCCCUUGAUAUGACAAACAUCUGUCCAAAAAUUUCAUUGUAGGCCACUUAAAUACUGUAACUACCUGUCUAUUGAAAUUAUCUUUCUUGGCCUCGUAUCAUCAUCAUCUUUUGAAAAAUGCACAUACUGUUAGAGCUAAUUAGAGGUAUUCUGUUUGUUUCUAAAAUGCUUGUCAAUAAAGUCAAUUAGUAGAAUGAU